AGGUGUAUUCUUGUUCGAGUUCUGGAACUGAGUCUGCGAUAGAAAGAGAAAGAGAGAGAGGGUGGGAGUGAGAGAGAGACUAGUUUCUUCACCGCCAUGGCAACAGACUUCAAGUCCAUACCCAUAAUCGAUAUUGGUCCCCUUUUGGCCAAGUGUGAUGAUCCCAAAAUGGGUCAAGACUCUGGUGUUGCUCAAGUUGUCAAACAAUUAGAUCAAGCUUGUAAAGAGGCUGGCUUUUUCUAUGUGAAAGGUCAUGGUAUUCCUGAGACUCUACUCAAACAAGUCAAGAAUCUGACACGCAAGUUUUUUGAGCUUCCAUAUGAAGAAAAACUCAAAAUCAAGAUGACUGCAGAUAGUGGAUACAGGGGAUAUCAGAGAAUUGGGGAGAACAUAACCAAAGGUGUACCUGACAUGCAUGAAGCCAUUGAUUGCUAUAAAGAACUGAAACCAGGGAUGUAUGGAGAUCUUGGAAAACCUAUGGAAGGAUGUAACCAAUGGCCAAUUAAGCCCACAAACUUCAAGAUGCUGAUGGAGGAAUAUGUUAGCCUCUGCACAGAACUUUCAAGAAAUAUAAUGCGUGGAAUCGCUUUAGCAUUGGGUGGUUCACCAUAUGAAUUUGAAGGUGAAAGAGCUGGAAAUGCAUUUUGGGUGAUGCGGCUCAUUGGUUAUCCAGGUGUACACUCUGCUAAUGGCUCAGACAUUCCAAAGAAGGACAUUGGAUGUGGAGCUCACACUGAUUACGGUUUGUUGACAUUGGUUAAUCAGGAUGACGAUAUAACUGCACUUCAGGUGAGAAACCAUUCGGGCGAGUGGAUAUCAGCUCCUCCUGUUCCGGGAACAUUUGUCUGCAAUAUCGGAGACAUGUUAAAGAUUUACUCAAAUGGUUUAUAUGAGUCUACUUUGCAUCAAGUUAUCAACUCCUCCCCAAAAUAUCGGGUCUGUGUGGCAUAUUUCUAUGAGACAAAUUUCGAUACAGCAGUGGAGCCUCUGGAUAUUUGUAAAGAGAGGACAACUGAAGCUAAGAAAUUUGAAAGAGCUGUUUACGGAGAACAUUUGGUUAAAAAAGUCCAAACAAACUUCGUUUAUUAGUUGAAAUUUAGGGUAUAAAACAAUAAGUCAUUACUGUAUCGAGUCAAUGAACUCUGGUAAUUUGGUGAAACUAGUUUUCUUCUCUUUUUUCUUUUAAGAAAAUAUUCUUUGGGUUCAUAUUUGUUGUCA